AUGGCCUCGAUGAAGCGCCCAACCUCAACCUUUCUCCUCUUACUCACUGACAACCCCUCUCGAAUCGCCCAUUUGAAAAAGAUCAAGCAUGAUCUUACCGGCCAUGUCUCUCGCAAGGCCGAUGCCCUCAAUAACGGCCUGAUCCCUCUGAUUGCCGACUUGUUACAAUCUUCACAGAACAAUGAUCAAGUCUAUUCUCAUGCAGCUCAAAUUCUCGCCCUUCUCGCUCACGAAGGCCUGCACUUUGCUUAUCCACUCCUCGACACCAACAUACUCCUCAUCCUCAUUUCCUAUCUGCACACUUCCCCCCCUUUGAAAACGACCCUUACAGUCUUGAGGGCUCUAGUCGCCAUUGCCCAGCAUAUUCCCCUUCACCUGGCGACUCUGCUCUAUGCCGAUGCACACAUCCACUGCUUCACCAGCAUCCUCGAUGCCGCCAGUACCGAGCUGGUCUCCCAUCAGGCUUGCGAUGCCGCCCUGACACUACUAUGCAAAACGCUUACACUCGAACAACAUAAGCGCGCCUUGGUCGACUCCGGUCUCCUGGCUUCAAUCUGCACCCGCCUUGCAUCCUUCGUUGUGGCCCAGGGCCUGGUCCCUCCGCCUCCGAGUCCCGAGGCCAUCCAUCACCAGAUCCAGUCAUCUCAAGACCUACCCGAACCGGCUCCCAGCUUCGCACAUCUAUCUCCUGUUCUCGAAUCUCUGUCCAUCUUGAUUCAGGGCUCCAAGUCCCGCGCAAAGUUAUUUCUCGCAAACCCCGCUUUCGAGCUCGCUUUGCCCAUCCUCAGAGACGAUUUUUCCCCCUCGGAUAUUCGUCGCGGUCCAUGGGGCAUCAAUUAUUUCUCGGGCACCGCCGUACCUCAAGUGCUUGUUACAAGCCCCUUCGAUUCCCUGUUACCCUUCGUUCCUGUCUCUAACAAGAAUAACCACGCUGGAUUUCCUCCUCUCAGCUCCGUCCAGCCUGUACCCAAGCGGCGAACCUCAUUUAUCCCCGCAUCGACCCCAGAACUCCCUCAGCUCCCACUAGGUCAAGUUGUGUCUGAGGACGAGCAAGAGCCCUCCCUUAUCCCCUGGCUUCUGUACACGCUUCGUGAAUCUCGCGGCAAGCGACGUCUCUUGGCUGCCAAAUUACUGGUGCACCUUUACAGCCUGAAUCUGGUCAAGCAGUUCCGUACAGCAACAUUUGCUUCUCUCGUCGUCCCUUUGCUGGUUCGAAUGCUGGAAGCGGGUUACGCAAGAAUGGACGACUCUCCUCACUCGACCGGCUCUCUGCUCUGCAGUGGCUUGCAUUACACAAGAGCUGUCCCGGCCGUCCUCGCCAUGCUGAUCAUGGAUGACCCUGAAAUGCAACGUGUUGCUGUCGAAGGCAAGGCUAUUGCAAGUCUUGCCACCGGUUUGAGACUCUCAUUCGAGACUCUCACCACCGACACAGCCGGCCAUUGGCAUCCUCGCCAAUCACACACGGCCGACACAAAGCCUCCUCAAUGGCCGGGGAAGACGGUCCGUCUCAACGAUUUAGCAUCGUGCGUGAUGAGGCAGGAAAUGGAGUUCCGGACAGGAUGCUUACAGGCGAUCGGCGCUAUCGCGCCAUUCAAUGAUGAUUAUCGCAAGGAGAUAUGUGAUCAAGGUGCGCUGAAAUACAUCAUGUCUGCACUCGAGCCCUAUGAGGUUCAAACUGCGUCGGAUGGUAAAUUCGCAUUGUAUGGCAACUCCGCCGCCGUUGUCUUGGCCGCUUGUGGCGCCGUACGCGUGUUGACCCGGUCGGUCCAGGCUUUGCGGACGAAAUUAGUGGAAGCCGAAGUCGCCAAACCCAUCAUCCAGUUGAUGAGCUCGUCGGAUCCCGAAGUUCGCAUUGCUGCUACCAUGGUCCUUGCUAACCUUGCCAUUGAUUUCAGUCCCAUGAAAGACGGUGUCAGCGAAUCCACUGUCGUGAAGAAACUAUGUGAACAAGCCCACUCUGCCAGCGCCCGUCUACGCCUCGAGUCAUUGUGGGCUCUGAAGCAACUGGUUCUCAAUGCCAAUAAAAAGCUCAAGCAAGAGGUCGUGGAUGAGCUUGGAUCUAGCUGGAUGAAAUUGCUCAUCAAGACCGAUCCUGUUGACAUACCAGAUGGUGAAGUAAUUGGACUUGUCGAGCGAGAUUAUCCUCCCUUAAAUGUUUACAGAACCCCAACGGCACAGAGGUCGACGAAUUCUUCUGACAUCAUUAUGGGGCAUGACUCUGAUACCGAACCGGAUGUGGCGAUAGAGUCGGAUCAUUCAAGCUCCGACUUGAUUGGCAGCCUGAGUGUUAGACAUACUGUGGAAGACGACCUCGAAAUUCAGGCACAGCUGCUGGAUCUUUUAAGAAAUCUUUUUUGUGGAGAAAAUGCUUCGGACCUCGUCAGAUACAUCUUGGAUGAGAUGGGCUCGGAAGAUUUCUUCAAGAUUAUGCUAGAUCGUCUGAGGCCUCGGACGCAACCGGGCCCAACUCGCAAGGAGAACUACACUGCACCGGCACCAACUGUGAUCGUCACGCGGGUUCUUUAUAUCAUUGUCCACGUAGCGGCCUGCGAGCCCCGCUGGCGUAACGUGAUAGCAUACAACCAUGCGUUGAUGAAGCAGAUCCUGACCUUUACGAGCCAUACCGAUCGCGAAAUCCGAGCGCAGUGCUGCUGGAUAGCCAUCAAUCUGACAUAUGAAGACGAUGCUAGUGAUGGGUUAGCAUGCAGACACCGAGCUUUGGAACUGCAAAAGGUUGGAUUUGUCCUGUCAUUAAGAAAACUAGAGGGCGAUCCGGACUUGAAUGUUCGAGAAAGAGCCAAGUCGGCAAUCCACCUCAUGACCAAGUUGAUAGCAUCAUGA